AUGGAUUCUGUGUUCCGACCCAGAAAGGAUUUUCGUGCAGUGACUCGACAAAACCGAAGGUCGCCACCUUCUCGGUUUUCCGAGUAUAAAGCCUCCGCUCUUCCGGCGUGUUGGCAGUUGCUUCUCAACGUCUCAACACUCAACAUGGUCCGCGCACUCUUCACCGUCAUGGUCCUGGCCCUCGUGGUCGCCUUCGCCGCCGCCGGUCACUUCGGCGGAGGUGGAUUUGGUGGACACUCUGGUGGAUUUGGCGGUGGAAAAUCCGGUGGAUUCAGCAGCGGAGGAUUCGGAGGUGGAUUUGGAGGUGGACACAGAGGCUUCGGUGGAGGUUUCGGAGGAUUCGGAGGCGGACACGGAGGGUUCGGAGGAGGAUUUGGAGGAUAUGGACGGUAAUCCAUGACUUCGCACCACCAUCUUGGCACAGAAGAUGGCAUUUUGUAUUUCGAAAAUAAAAUUUUAUAAAAAUUAA